GCGUGUCCCGGGAUGACCUGUUGAUGUCGGUAGAAUGGAGAAUGGCAGGGGGAGCGAUUUCCCCCAUCACCAAAAUAUUUAAAUAAGCAACAUUUGGGCUUGACAACCGGCGUCGAAGCACAACUACCUCGUCCGCACAGGCAAAACUUUGUUGGUGUGCGUUGGCGCACCAUGGCCCAGACCCUCCAGAUGGCGAUCCCAAACUUCGGCAACAACGUUUUAGAGUGUCUGAAUGAGCAGCGGCUGCAGGGUCUUUACUGUGAUGUCUCUGUGGUGGUGAAGGGCCACACCUUCAAGGCCCAUCGAGCUGUGCUGGCUGCUAGCAGUUCUUAUUUCCGGGACCUUUUCAGCAGCAAUAAUGGAGGUGGUAGCAGCAAUGAGACCAGCCCAACCAUAGUGGAACUCCCGUCAGCUGUGCAGCCUCAGAGCUUCCAGCAGAUUUUGUCCUUCUGCUACACGGGCCGUCUCAGCAUGACGGUGGGGGACCAGUUUCUCCUCAUGUACACAGCAGGCUUCCUGCAGAUCCAGCAGAUCAUGGAAAAAGGCACUGAAUUCUUCUUGAAAGUCUCAUCCCCCAGCUGUGACUCUCAGGGCCUCCACGCUGAAGAGGCCCCUCCCUCUGAACCCCAGAGUCCUGUGACACAGACCAGUAAUGGUGCAGCUCGGCCUGCAUCCUGUGUGACACCGCUCUCUCUGGUGUCCCGAGUGAAGACAGAACAACCGGCUAACCAGCCGGAAGCCGCCACUCCUUACUCGGUGGUCUGCACUCCUGUCGCCAAGCGACUGUGGGAGGGCGGCAGCAGCCGAGAUGGAGGUGGAGUGGGUUCAGGAGGAGGAGGAGGAGCCAGGAAGGCUGCUCGUUACUCCCAGGAAGCAGUGCGUGGCAGUGCCAUCCAGAGUCCUGGGGCACUUGGACUGGCCAUGGGUAUGGGUGCCACGGCCACCAGCCUGGCUGGGAUGGUGGCCAGUGGCGGGCUAAGCGGCACUGCUGGCACAAACGGGAGCUCAGCAGCGGGUCUCGGCGUGUCAGAGGGCGCCAGCCCUGGCACCCUGAGCACCUACGCCAGUGACUCACCCAUCAGUUACCAUGACGACGAAGAGGAGGAGGAGGGGACCGAAGAAUGUGCUGAAGAGCAGUAUCGGCAAAUCUGCAACAUGUACACCAUGUACAGCAUGCUCAACAUGGGAGCUGCAGGUAAUGCUGCUGGGGAGCGUGUUGAGGCUCUUCCCGACCACACAGAGACACGGGGUCGGAUGAGAGGCAGAGAUCUAACAUGUCUCCCAGCAGAACUCAUCGCUCAGAUAGGAAACCGCUGUCAUCCCAAACUGUACGAGGAAGGAGACCCUGCUGAGAAACUAGAAUUAGUCUCAGGUACUUCUGUGUAUAUAUCCAGAGCCCAGCUGAUGAACUGUCAUGUGAGCGCAGGGACCAGACACAAGGUGCUGCUGAGGAGGCUGCUGGCCGCCUUCUUUGACAGGAACACACUGGCUAACAGCUGUGGAACAGGCAUCCGCUCGUCCACCAACGACCCGAGUCGCAAGCCCCUGGACAACCGAGUUCUGCACGCGGUCAAAUUUUACUGCCAGAACUUUGCCACCAGCUUCAAAGAAAGCGAGAUGAACGCCAUUGCAGCCGACAUGUGCACCAACGCCCGACGCGUGGUCCGUAAGAGCUGGAUCCCCAAGCUGAAGCUGCUGAUGGCCGAGAGCGACGCAUACACCGCUUUCCUUCCUGACGGAGUCAAGAUGGAGGACGACACCCUGAGCACGGACCCAGCCUUCGACCCGGCCUCCCUGGAGGCCGCGGGAGGUGUGGGCAUGGAGUCUGGUGGCUCUUCAGGUGAAUCACUACCAGGUGUGGGUGGGGAUGGAGGACCCUUAUUUUGAACUUCCUGUCCUGGGGGGGAAGGUUGAAAUAUGGUGACACACAUAGCAGUAUUCCCCAGCUCUGCUUGCCUCCUCACUCUUUGGCUGAUCUCUCACAUGUGACUGUCUGUACUACACCGCAGGGUCGACAGCUGUCGGCUCGCUGACGUAACCAGGACGUGAAAACUUUAACUCUUGCUUUAUGACCGUACGACGGAGCUAGAUGAAGAAAGGGAGAGAGGAAGAGGGUGUUAAGUUUUCUUCUAACAGCCCUCUGCCUCCCCUUGUCUUUUUAAGGUGUAUAACACAUCCACUGUUGUUUAUUAAAUACAUUCCCUGAAAUGCGGGCGGCGGGAGCUGCGUGUGCGAGGAAAAGAUGGCUGGAUGGACGGGCUAGGAGAAGAGGGGGCAAGUGUAUUGAAUGUAAGUGUCAGUGGCAUUUUUCUCUAUGCAAGCCUGACAUCUUGUACUCCAGCCUCGGAAAGGGAACUUCAUUCAAAGUAGGUAGAAAAUUUAAAGAGCACUACCUGUUCUUCCUCCCCCUGCACCCUCAGCUCAUCAACCUGCAAGUAUUCUUCACCCUGCAUCCUUCUGAGACCAGAGAAUCUCACCUGAGUGUUUCACUGUGCAGUCUUAUAGAAUUAUAUCCCAUCUUUGUUUUCAAAUCUUUUCUUUGUCUAUAAACUUAAAAAAAGAGAUGCAGAGUGAAGGGAAGAGCUUUUUACUGAGAUGAUUGUAAAGAUAACUGAAAGGCAACAGGUUUUAAAGAUGGUCAUAUUUUUAGAGGAUUAACUAUAUUUAUACAAGUGCUCAUGCCAAGAAUACGGGGUGAGCAAAGAGAGCGGGAGGGAUUGUUUUAAAAUCUCGAUCUUCAUGUUUUAUCGAAAGAGGUCUUAAAUAAGGAAGAGUGCUAUUUUUGCAGAAAAAAGCAGUAUAUUAAAGCAGUCUUAUCAUAGGACCCAUAGACAUUUAUUUUUAUCUUGAUAGAAGCGAGUGAUGGAAUGAUGAGCGGUUGAACUGCUAAAUUUAAAACAUUUCAUCUUCUGCUCACGAGCUUAAAGGAAAACCGAGACUGACAGAGCUGGCUUGACUGUUUUCUGUGGCCACGUUUACACGAAAAUGAUCCAGGGGUACUGAAUUGUUGUUUUCUUUUUCCAAAAAGUUCCACACUAAGGUGACAUUAUGAAAACCCAGCAUGCCAGAUGGACUGUUUUGCAUAUCUGGGUAUCUGGAUAGCACCCCAUAGUUGGUGUCUGGGAGGGUAGAACCUGUCAGAAAGAUCUGGGAGGAUGAUUAGACAAAUAUUCUGUCGGUCACAUUCAUUACAAGCCAAUCAGAGCUAAUAAACACAUGACAAAGGGCCAGCAUGGUAAAGAAACAGGCUGCUGCUAUCAUUGUUAAGUAUCAGUGAAGCCUGUAAGAAACUCAAAGUCCAGCAGAGAGCAGAGCAAAAACCUGGACCAUCUGUCAGUGUGCUUCUUCACUCUUCUUUUACUAGAGAAAUGUCCAGUUCUGAUCAAACUGCCACUAUCCACACUGGGAAUGCGCGAUAAGACGAUGUCAGAUCAUAAAUCUGCUAAAGAUGCAGAAUCAGUUUUCUUCUAGUUCUUCUAUACUCCCUCACCCUUCCUCUUCUGCUUCCCGAUGCAGCAGUGAUUUUUGGCUGUAAAUGAUACUGAAACUUAAGAUUUAGUUCUUAAUAUUUCUCACUGACCUAUAUGGAGCUGUCGUGGUUUUCUGAACCAUCAGUGUGCAAAAAAAACAUUUAAUUUGUACAUUCUGCACAGAGUUCAAAAAUUUUUCUGAUGAGCUCAGAGGACUGCGUCCUAAACCGUCUGCUGAGGUUCAAACAGGGAAGAGAUCAACACUGCGGCCAGCGGAGAAGAGUGUGGUAGAGGGUUAGUUAUUUACAGCCGUUCCACCUCCCUGCACAAGGUUUACCUGUCAGGAUAACAGAAUCAUGAGUAAAACUUUGUAAUAUCAGUGUCUUUUUAUGGAGGGAGGCAAUGAUUUCCACAAGGUCCAGACAUUGAUUGUUAUUUUAAAAUAUUUAAACAGUAUAAUCAUUGAUUUCCAUGCAUUUCUUUAGCAUACAUGCAUGCUGCUGCAGGAUCACAGCCUCCUCUCUCCUUCACUGUGAGCAGCAGAUACAAUAAUGACACCACUUCUCUGAAUAAACAUAUUUCCAACCUCUUUAAAAUUCUGUUCAGAUAAAUACAGUCACUACUUUACUGCUUAACCACGUCUCAGAAAUUGAUCAUCUUCUGGGUUUUGUUUGUACGCACUUAGUUCAGCAGUCUAUAAAGACGAACUGUGAUAUUAAGAUGCAUAUGAACAGGCAACUCAUGCAAAGCUACAGCUGUAGGGAAUCCCAUUCUUUAAAAUGAAAAUGACUGUGUUAAAGUGUGCCUGAUAUACACUAAAAUAAAUUUAAAACGCAAAAGAGGACACACAAAUCAUAGUUUUAAAGUGGCAACUAUGAAACUGCAAAUUUUGAAAUAUUUAAUGCAAAAGAAAAAUUUAAAAACUUGACUUUUAAUCGCAGAAUUAAUGCAUCACACAAAUUCUGUGGGGAAUAAGUUUGUAUUUCUGGUCAUUACCUAAGAAAAUUUUCCUAAAACUGAAUGGAAAAAAAGGUGAUAAAAUAGAGAUCAAGAUCCGGCUAUAAAAAGAUGUGAUAUAAUAUUUUUACCAUACUGCCCACCCCGAGUCCACUCUCCUCUCUUGACUAAACCAAACCUAUAGCCAGGUUUAGCUGAAGUGAGCGACACACUCAUGCUUGCACCCUUUCCUUCAGCAGAACACGUGAACAUUUUUGGACCAAUGACCAACACAGACAGAACUCAGCAGUCUGCCAUGGUCAUUGUAGUCUCCCUGCUCAUGGCGAUUGACUGGAACUGUAAAGAACUGUUUCCACUUUUAGCUGACAUUUUACACAGUGACUGAAACAGUGCAACUUUCAGUUUGAACCCGUAAAAGCCAAACAGACUAAAGGUUUCCAUCGUUGGCUCUGAUCGUGUAAACGUGGCCUAAGAUAACCAUUUCUUUUAGGUUAAAAACCUGCAACAUUUGCCUCCUCCAGUUGAACAUUGCCCCACAAUUUUGAGGCUCACUUCAGAAAUACAAAUGAUAUUAAGAUUUGAAAACAACUCUGCCAGUUUUCUCUCUAAUUUUGAGGAAACAUUCUUCUUUUUGUGCAAAUGCAACUCUAACCCUGAACUAUUGGAUGUGCCUUUUUGUUUAAAUUAAUAAGUAGAAGCCUGGUGGGAGCAGUGGUGUCAUGAGGGGGCAAAUAGCAUGAAGCGAAGAGGCUUUAUGGUACUAUCAUGUAUGUCUGAAGCAGAUGUUUAGUGAAGAAGGAGUCUGUUCUGCAUGGCUGUGUGUUUUGGUAUGUAGUUUUUCCAUGUAUCUAAUGCACCACCUCUUUGAUUUUGCACCUUCUGUGAGAGGUAGAGUGGAGGUUUCUGCACCUUAAUGAGAAGAACCGUUGGUUCAUGCACCUUUCUGAAAAAUGUCGUGUAGCACCUGAAGCCCUUUAGAUGGUAUUUUCUUCAGUUUCCCACGUCUGCCUGUUUUAAAAAGUGGCACAAACCCCGGCUGUAAAUAAUCCAGAAGACUGUUGAGUUUAAUCCCAAGUGUUCUUCCUUUCUGUUGCUGGAUGCACCUGAUUCUUCUGAAAUGUCAAUAACUGACCUUUUUAUGUGAACGUCUGUGUUUGUGAAUGCAUGUUGACCUGGAGCUUACAGGGGAUUCAUUCUUCCUAGUGAGGGCGGAUACAAGUGACAGUGGUCUGAGUGUGAUUUAGGAGUUUGUACUUAAUCUGAAAUGCUUUCAAAGAUGACAAGGGGUGUGACGAACGCUCAUGUCACCAGAUCUUGCGAUAUUAAAACAAUAUUUCUCAUUGCCAUAAUGGCGGAUUCUGAAAUCACCUUAGAAGAUGCCCCUGUCUUUUUGUUGUGAUCUGAUGGAUGUUGAGCCCAGUUCAGACCAAAUAAUCCCAACUAGAUGAGUUAAAUCUUGCUUUCGACAGGCCUCUCUGCAGUGUUCUGAAGGCCUGUCAGUUCACAUCACUGCAACAGAAGACGAGGAUCAUCUUCAUAGCAGCGACUCUCACAGUCACUCUGUUUAAAGUGCUUAUUUCAUGCAAUAAGUCUGUCUCUACAGGAAGGACAGUUCUGCACAUUCACUGUUUUUUCUGUAUUUUGAUCAUCAUUAAAAAGGAACAUCAGGCUGUCCCAGACGCUCUAGUUGCUUCACUAAACUUCGGUCUGAACUGGGCUUAAAAAUGCAUGCUUUGAGUCACGACACAAUACGUAAGCAGUGGUAUCAUUACAGGAUGAUUGAAAGUUAAAACAAUUAAAAGUGGGCCUGCCCUGUGAUGCAUUUUGUGACUGUUGUUGGAUUUUAAGACCGUUUUUACAGUCAUAUAUUUUGUCUUCAACGUUUUCUCAAAGAUAAGGGAAGACAUGAAACCAGUAUCGUGAGCUGAGUGUAUCGUCACACCCCUAAAGACGACUGGUAACUUUCUCCUUAGAGACAUUUCUUAAAGGUUUUAUUUUUCUGAAAACAGCUUUAGUGUAAAAAGUAGUUAUUUUUUCAGUCAUAUUGAAAAUAUAACAAGAGGUAUAAUAGAUCUAGCUCAAUCUACUUUAAUUUUUGAUUAAUAAAAUCAGGAUGAGUUUACUUCAACGGACAGAACAAAAUGCAGUACCUUGUAAGUAUUCUGUUAAGGGUAAUGCCAACAAAACCUCAGUAUGCUUUGCAUUUGACUGUAGAUGCCACAUGAGCAUCCCUCCCCCUCUUACCUCUUUGAAGACUGCUGUGCUUCCUCUUCUUCACGCAGCUGUUUCAGGUUUCACUUCCUCACAUUUAUUCAUGUGUUUCACAGAUGCAAAGCAGCGCUUUCAGGUAGUUCAAUCUGAAGUAUACUCUUCUAUUUGCUCAGUGGCUUUUUCACCAAGUUUACACAAGUUUAACACAACUCAAGUUACAUCUUUUUGUUUUCCUGUAACAUUUUCAAUCACUGCACCACCUUAAGUUCCAUUCCCAUCAUUUUUAUUUUAAUGUAGCAAAAUUAUAACUAGUUUUUUUUUUUAUCAUUGCAUGAUGAGGUCUGUUAUUUUCGGUUUAAAAAAACCUCAAACUGAAGAUUUUUUAAUCAAAUUCACCUCAAUAUCAGAUCCCUAGACUGUUUCAUGUAGAGUUUAUUUACAGGAAGAAGUUUGAGUGGAAUAAUCAGGGCUGAACCGUUCAAAAGUUCUAGUCCAGACAAAAAUGUCUCAGAUUAAGUAAUCCAAUGAUUUUAUAAUCCAGCUCAUGUUUAUGCCACAUUUUCAGAGAAAAACCAGCUUGGAGUAACACGAUUCAAGCAGAUUUUUACACAUUUUAAAUUUGUAAAUAGAUAUAAUAGAAAAAGGUUUGUUUAAUUUAAUAAUUUUCUUACAUUUUCCCAGAAUGAAGCUUUCAGCUGGGAUCCUGAUUUUGGGAUCAAAGUUUUUGAAUCACCUUCAAAAGUUUUAAACAGCACAAAAGAUUUUAUUCAGAUUCAAACCAAGAUGGGAUCUUACAGGAUUAAGCAAUCCUGAUUUAAAGUUUUGCUCUGAUUGCUUCAGUCCUUUGGGUUAUGAAUAGGCACAGGACCUUGGGAUGCCUCAGGCUGCAGACCUCUACAAUGGGGCGACCUUGACUGUGGGGCAGGAAGUGACAUGCUAGACCUUGUUGGGGUUUUCCUUAGCUUUAGGUUUCAGGAGCCUAACCCUCUUUAGGUUUUCCUUAGUUUGUGGUGUGUUAAAUUUAAAUUACUCCCCCUCAGUACAUUUUUUUGUAUUUAUUCAUAAAAUUCUGCAGUUGUGUGAAAUAGCCACUUACUGUAACAUCUGACACCGAGCAGAAAAUAUACUUCCUUCAUUCCGUACGUCAGUCUGGCUCCAGCUUUGGUAAUGUACUUCACUUCUGCCCCGUGGUUGAGGUCGCCCCCCUUUAGAGGUCUACAGCAGAAAGAACCACCAUAGAGGUCUGCAGAUCCUAUUUAAGGCCUUGAAUUUAAUCUAGAGGUCAUUUGAGACUUCAUUCUAGCAGUUAUGUUUUACUCUGUGAUAAAUCUCAUUUUAAAUCUAGCAUUGUUCUUGUCCGAAAAAUACAAAAUAAAAUGAAGCUUCACACUGCUGCUCGAGCGAGCUGCUUUCCUUUAAUAAAGGCCUGGUAAUGAUCGUGUUCUUUGCAGAAGUACUGACAAAAAUAAAGCAGCGAAACUUUUAAGAAAGGAUCAGACUGUUGUAGGACAUUUUAAAAGAUAAAUAAGCUUAAUGUUGAGAAAGAGGUGAAACAAGGGCUCUAAUUAGUUUCCUACAUGUUACACUGUGACCCACUGAAUGGCGUGUUCUCCAUCCUGAGUCUCUAACUCAUGCUGAGAUAUCACCACUGAAUCAGCAUUGAUUGUAAGGACAUCAUCGUCACAGUAGCAGAAAUUUAAACUGGGAUAUGAAAAAGCUAUCGAUGCCGUUUUGAUAUCACUGAAACAAAAGUAGAAGUCAGAUGUACCAAUACUGGGAAUGUUCUUGAUUUUAGCUCAGAUUUUAAGAAAACUUCUGACUCGACAUUGCACAAAUGAAGCCGAUGUUUGUGGUGCAAUUUUUUGAGAAUGCAUUCCUUUCCUCCACACCUGUCCAGUGAAGCAGGUGAUUUUUUUUGGUGUCGAUACUAUUGAUUAUUAAUGUCAUAGUCAGUCUAUACAUUUCUUUUUUUUUUUUACAAAGUAAAAAGAAAUGUCCAUUCCAGAAACCCAGCAUCUGCAGGAUUGGACUGUAUUUGUCGACUAGUCUGACCUUGGCUGAAAUAACAAUGAUAUUAUUGUUUAAGGGCACGGUAUCAGAGAUUCUGACCAGUUUGUGGACCUGCUUUACACCUCAGCAGCUCAGCCCAGGUACACACACAUUACAGAUCCAUCAGUUCAACUGUGGCGCCUCAUGAGCAGAGCUUUUUUGCGCUAGUUUGAAUAAAGGCCGUUUUAGCUCCACAUGAACACGUUUGUUCUCAUCAUGCACACCUUUAUCUCAUUCUUCUUUCCUCCCAUCUCAUUUGAAGUUAUUUCACCCCCACAUUCGUGUUUAUGCCUCACACAUGUAGACCUACACACUUGAAUGGAUAAGGUGUGGCACGGCAUGGGGAACCUUUUAUCACUGAACAGUACAUAUAUAAAUAUGAUAAUACACAUGUAUAGAUAAAGACUGUAUAUUAUAUAUAGACAUGCACAUAGAGGUCAGAUUGUUUGUUGUGCACUCGCAGCAUGAGGUAUAUAUUUACCCAGAAACAACGCUUCACAACCUGUGCAGUAACUGGUCUGCCCAUGUCUUGGCCCCUGCUCCUUUCCCUCUGUAACCCCGUAGCACCAGUGGACAUCCUGUACUCGUCAUCCUCCUCUUUCUGUGUUCCAAGUGCCAAUAACUUUGUGAAAGCCCUGUAACUGUGACCCAACAUUAUCAAAGGUAAUUGCACAUUAACGACUGUAAAAUAAAUAAAUACAAAUCAUAGAGAAAAUGUCUCCAUGGAUUAAAUAAUGAAUAUCUUAAUAAAAGAUUUGUAACAAUUUCUGUGUAGGUGCUUUUUUUGCUGAAGUGUUAAAGGUACAAAAAGUAGAAUUAUUGCACUGACAUGUCGACCCGUGUUAUAUGUAUUUUAGUUGAGUUCUUACAUUGCCACAAACAUUUCCAACCAUUUUCAAAGCCAAAGAAGUCCUUCAGUUUUCAGU